CGGACUGCCCUGUACUGCCGCACCGCUAAUCAGACAUGGCGGCGCAGAUGGCGGUAAAUUCAGGAGCCAGUCUGUGGGGUCCUCUGAAAGAGUUGUAUGAAACUGUGGAUGGGGCAAUAUGGAGAAGGCAGUCAGAAAGUGUUCAUCUUCUGGAUGUACAACUGAAGAAAAACAAGCCUUAUUUUUUGUCUCUGUUCAAAAAUCCACCGAAGAGUGCAGAGCAGAGAGACAAAGUAAGGAAAGCCAGCACAGAGGGCAUUGCUAUUCAGGGCCAGCAAGGUGCUCGACUUCUGCCGGAGCAGCUCCUCACAGAGGCCUUCCUUCUCAGUGAUCUUUUUGAUGUUGGAGAACUUGCUGCGCUGGAACUGUUGCUGGCAGGAGAGCACCAGCAGCCUUAUUUCCCUGGAUUGACGAGAGGUCUGGUGGCUGUUCUGCUCUACUGGGAUGGCAAGCGCUGUAUUUCCAACUCUCUCCGCUCCCUCAUCCAGUCACGUCAUGGCAAGACCUUCACCCUGGACUUGAGUGUGGAUUUGGUUAAUCUCACGACACGCUUCACAGAUGAGUUAAUGGCUCAGGGUUUGACUAAGCAAAUUUUAAGUCUUUUGUCGGAAAUCAGCGUCACUCAGGAGUUUGAGAAGCUGCAGAAGGAGCGAGGACUUGGCAAUGAGAAACACCGGAAAGAGGUCUCUGACCUCAUUAAAGAAUGUCGACAGUCUCUCGCUGAGUGUCUGUUUGCGUGGACGUGCCAGUCGCCUCUUAAUAAAGAUGAUACACUCGCCCUGAUCAGCCAUCUAGAGACAGUGACGGUGGAAGCCGAUGGCUCAUUGGAUAGCGUGAAUCUGGCACUGGUUAUGGCGCUGCUUUAUUGCUUUGAUGUCAGCUUUCUGGAACAAGGCACAGAAGACAGAGAUGAUCUGCUGCAGACUCUGCCUCUGUUGACAGACAGGCAGUAUGUUUUUGCGGUGCACAAUAAGGUGAUGGAGGACAAGGUGUGGAAGCUGCCUGGACUGCAGGCAGUGGCGAGGCUGGCUUGGGCGCUUUCACUCAGAGCGCUGUCACAGUUCCCUCAGGGUGCAGGUCUGGUGGAAUUUACUGAGGCAGAUGAAACUCUGGCUGACCAGGCACUUCUGGCAGGCGUCUUCCUGUUUUUGACGGAGGGCGUUCUGGCAAGUGAAAGCUUCCGUCAGGAGGAAUUCUACACCCGGCGACUUCAUGCACUUAUCAUUGACUUCCUAGCUCUUAUGCCCAUGAAGGUGAAACAACUGCGCAACCGUGCUGAUGAGGAUUCCCGGCUAAUACACAUGGCCAUGCAGAUGGGCAGCGAGCCUCCAUCUUCUCUGAGGAAGGACCUGGAACACCUCAUGAUACUGAUUGGUGAGUUUUACAGCAAGGACUCGCAUGGUUUGGAGUUAGCGCUGGAGUUCUGGUGCCCUUCAGAAUCCCUGCAGCACACCUCUCUUACUGGAUCCUUUUUGGGCGUCACCCUGCAGAGACCUCCUCACAGACAGGUGGUUCUCUCCAAGUUUGUCCGUCAAAUGGGGGACCUGCUUCCUGGUACUCUGUAUAUUCCUUAUUUGCGAAUGCUAAAGGGGCUUGCUAACGGUCCUCAGUGCUCUCACUACUGCUUCAGUCUACUCAAAACCAACGGAGCUCCUCAUGGAGAGAAAUUGCAGGGGGGAGUAUCAGGCUGUCCAGUUUCGUGGGAGCACUUGUUUCAUUCCCUCAUGCUAUAUCAUGAGAACCUGAGGCGGGACUUUCCCAGUGCAGACACCACUCAGUAUCGCCAUCCACCUAUGAGAGGCAUCACUCAGAAAGAGCUGGAGGGCCUGACUGCCUUCCUGCAGCUACUUACCACCAUCAUCACCUGGAGUGAGAAUGCCCGACUGGCACUAUGUGAACACCCUCAGUGGACUCCUGUGGUGGUGAUGCUGGGUUUACUCCAGUGCAGUGUGCCGCCAGUACUGAAAGCUCAGCUCCUUCACGCUCUUGCUGCUUUUGGCAAGUCUCCCGAGAUUGCUGCUUCCCUCUGGCAGUCGCUGGAGUACGCACAGGUCCUGCAGACUGUGAAAGCCCCUGGACAGAGACAAGCUGCCGGCAUAGAGAUGGAGUUGAAUGAAAUCGAAUCAAGCUGUGAGGAGUACCCUCUGACCCGAGCCUUCUGCCAGCUGAUCAGCACUCUAGUGGAGAGUUCACUUCCUGUUAAUCUAGGGGCGGGGCUUAGAGCACCAGGAUUUCAGCCUUACCUCACCUUCCUGCGCGAUGGUGUUUUCCUUCCCUUUCCAACGAGAGCUUACCGUCACCCAGCUGAGAAGUGGGAGGUAGCUGAUGCAGUGUUGGAGGUCUUUCACAAGCUGCUGCAGGACUACGAGCCUCAGUCGGCUGACUUCUUACAGGAGACAGUUGAGCUCCAGGGACAGCAGGUUCCGGCCCAUAAACCCCCGGGCCACGAGCUGAUGUUUCACCUGCUGAAUGACUCCCCCAUGCUGUCUCUGUGCCUCAGCCUGCUGGAGGAGAGUGUACGCCAGCUAGACACUUACGCUCCCUUUGCUGGUAAGAAGCAUUUGGAGUCAGCAGUGAUGCAUUGUCUGAGUCUGCUGGAUCUGGCCCUGCAGAAGGAGGUGCUCUUUAUGGACCUGCUCAGAGAGAGUCAGACCUCUAUGCUGGCCUCCCCACUGGAGCAGUUACUGCAGGGUGUUAGUGCACAGAGCAGACGUGCUGAUCACAUUGUUAACAUUGCCAGGUACCUGUACCACGGCAGUUCAAAUUCUGAGGCUGCAUUUUUGAGUGCCAAGAUUCUGAGACAUAUUGCACGCUAUCCCAACAUUCAGGCUAGACUGGUUGGAGACUUUAUCAGUGAUUCAGCAGUGAGUGAGAAGCUCAUGGCUGGUUUUGUGGAGUGUCUGGACAAUGAUGAGGCUCAGGAGGGUGUGGAGAAGACUGAAGAUUCUGACCCAGAAAAGCGUGUGGCCAGGAUCCGACAUGAGACACAGAUCCACAUCUUGAACCUUCUGAUCACCUCUCUGGAGCUUAAUGCUCCUAACCUUGGUCUCUACCUGUUGGGCUAUGAGGUCAAGAAACCAGUCUCCUCCACCAAUCUGCAGGACCCAGGAGUUCUAGGCUGUCCGCGGAGUUGCCUGCAUGCAAUUCUAAGUUUGCUGCAGCGAGGCAGUGAGAGUCGUUCUGGACCUAUAAUCAUCCAGCAAGCUCCAUACUUAGCAGAGCUCUGCUAUCAGGUGAUCUACCAGCUGUGUGCGUGUUCAGACACCUCUGGGCCAACAAUGCGGUACCUGAGGACCAGUCAGGACUUCCUGUUUUCUCACUUGAAGCACUUACCAUUUAAUAGGCCAGGGAAUGAGAUUGCUGCCUUGAAUCAGAUGUCCUGGUUAAUGAAGACCUGUGCUAUAGAGCUUAGAGUGACCUCACUAAACCGGCAGCGCUCACAUACUCAGAGAUUGCUCAACCUGCUUUUAGAUGACCAGCCAAACCUGCAGCAUGCAGAUGGAGAGAUGGGUAUGGAGGAGGAAAGUAGAUCACUUAGUAGCUUCCUGCACUUUGACACAGUGUCUAAAGUUCGCAGAAAACUUUUGAGUGUUCUGGAUGCCAUAGACUUCAGUCAGGAGGUGCCUGAGCAACUGCAGCUUGACUUCUUUGAGCGUGCUCAGAUCGAGCAGGUCAUCACCAACUGUGAGCAUGUCAACGAACAGGGACACACCGUCUGCAACGUCAAGUUGCUGCACAGAGUCUUGGUUGCAGAAAUCAAUGCUCUGCAAGGGAUGGCUGCUAUUGGACAAAGACCUCUGCUGAUGGAGGAGGUGAACUCCAUCCUGCAGCAGGUAGUGGAGAGGAACCGGGUUCGACGCAGCCUGAGCGCUAAGCGGCAUGUCCUGCAGAGCUGGCGGAGCUUGGUUGAGACCAUCCUCACUGCCUGUCCUGCCGAGCUCAUCCCAGCCGAUCAGAGACAGCUCAUCAUCAGAGACCUGCUGCUUGACCUGCAUGAUAAAGUUUUAUCUGAAGAUGCUGCUGUUGAGUUGAUGCCGAUUGUUGCCGGGGCAGUUUUCACCUUGUCAGCACACCUCAGCCAAUCGGUGCUUUCUGAGCAGCAGCAAGGGGCCGGUCUGGAGGGUGGCUCUUCAUCAGGGUUUGCCUCUAUUGCUAACUCAGCACUGCACCUUAUACUGAGGAAGCUGCUGGACUUUAUCUUGUGCACAGGUGGAGGUUUCCAGCGUUUACGGGCUCACUUGUAUGGCGCUCUGCUCUAUUACCUGCAAAUUGCUCAGAAACCAGAAGAGCCUGACACCCUGCAGACAGGACAGUCUAUGUGGGAGCGACUUACUGCACCCGAGGACGGCUUCUCUAAGCUGCAGAGAGAGAACCUCGCCAUCAUUGAUAGUUACGGUACUGCUCUGAUGGAGGUGGUGUGCCGUGAUGCCUGUGAUGGGCAUGAGAUAGGCAGGAUGUUGGCUCUGGCAGUGCUGGACCGGGUGUUGUCUAUAGACAGGCAGAGCCAGUGGCUGGUCUAUCUGUGUAAUAGUGGCUACCUUCGUGUUCUGGUGGAGAGCCUGAGGCAGGAUGAUGUUGCUCUUCAGACGCUGCUUGUACCCCAACCACCAUUGCUCAAGCCUUUAUACAUCUAUGAAUCCAAGAUGGCAUUGCUGACCCGGGUGGCUAAGACGGCACAGGGAGCUACGGAGCUGCUGUCUUGUGGGCUGGUAGCUCAGCUGGGUGAGUGCCAGGUCUUCCACAUGCUGCCCGAGAACGACUCACACAGAGUGUUUGCACAGAGAGACCCGUCUGGGUUCAUUCCCAGCCCUCUGGAACGAUACCGACAGAUCCUACUACCAGCUCUCAGACUCUUCCAAGUCAUCCUUACCUCCACUACUACACACCACCAACAGGGGGCAGCACAGGUGCUGCACUGGCUGAUUUUGUACUCGGACACCAUUCAGUCGAUCCUGCGCAGUCAGGACGUGAGCAUGGGGUCCUUACAGGAGCUGUCACUUCUCACAGGAAUCAUCAGCAAAACUGCUCUGCCAGGUGCUCUGGAUUUGGGUCAGGAUGUUAGCAGUGCAGCGGUUCUGGAGGUCCAGGGACAUGUCGCCAGAUUCCAGCGACACAGCUUGUCCUUGCUGGUACGUUUGGCUGGAACUGAGCGUAAUCGCUAUCUUAAGCAGAUUGAGGGUAGUGUUGCUCCUGGUGACUCUGCAGAAAAGAAAGAGGAGAUGAAGCUUGCCAUGCAGCAGAUCUGUGCAAACAUCAUGGAGUAUUGUCAGGCACUGCUCCUGCAAAGCUCAGCUGAUGCCCAGUUCAGUACCUGCCUCUUCAGGCCAUCAGCCAGCGAGCCAACAGAUGUAGCAGUGCCCUCUGGCUCUCGGGCUCCAAGUCUGGGUCUGGUCCUGCUUCUGCUUAGGAACAUCACGACUGAUUUCUUCACAUAUCAUGACAGUCACAGACAAAGCCUGAGCAAGCUGGAGAGGCUUGAGCAGCUCCCACCGGAAGAGCUCAAAGAGCUGUGCCAGGGUCUUGUCUCAGGAUCAGGUGGGGUGGAGAAGAUCCCAUCAGUGCAGAAGAGCCUGAUGGCCAAACGCCGUCUAGUUCAGCUCAUCAACAACCGUGCAAAGCUGCUGGCACUCUGCUCCUAUAUCAUUGAGAUGUGUCUGUUUGUGAUCUGGCGCCACCUGGAGUACUACCUCCUCUACUGCACUCCCAGUGAUCCCAAAGACACCCUGCUGCCUGGAUUCAGAGAUGUCAGUGGGGGUGCAGGAGUGAGCCUGUCCAGAGUCACCCAGCAGGAUCUGGAGCAGUUGCAGAGUGAUGUGGCGAGUAACUUCUCUGAGAACUUACAGAGGAAAUUGCUAGAUGUGGAGGGGCUCUACAGCAAACGCCACUCGCACCACACCUUCAUCCAGGCUCUGACACGCAGGAUCCGUGGCCUGGUGCGCCACGCCAAAAGUUAGACACACAUUGUGCAUCCUGCACUGCCCCGUUGUUCUUGGCUCCUGGAGUAACGCUGAAGUAAAUCAUUCACAGGAUACAGUUCUCCAUGAGAGAGAGGAGAAUCUACACAUGACGCUUCAGCUCUGGAACUGAAACCUGAUCUGAUGUCUAGUGUUAAACGCCAGCUUAAAAUUUUCAUGUUUAAUGUUUGGUUAUUACUAUUUUCUAUUUUGAAAUGAAUAAAAUGCCCAAAUAGUU